CGUGAGUCCAACUCAGUCUGGGCUUUGUCUUGACCUGGCAGGUACAUCGAUAGUCCAUAGUUUCCGCAUGUUACCACCUCCACCUCGAUGUCAACACUGAGGUCGCUCAGUGCCUUGCCUCAUCAUCGCUUCCCCAGACCAACAAACCACGCUUCAAACAAGGACACUUCACAAUGUCCUCGGCGAAACCCAGUGACUCGUUAUCAAAAUAACGCUCCUGCGACCGACACGUUUAUUUCGCAGCUUUCAUUUUCCUUAACUUGCCUUCCAUUCUCUUCCGACAACUUCGUGCCCGAUAGUUCUCCUUAGGCCAUGGCCGACGAGUUCGUCCCCUCUGUGCCAUCACCCCUCACCAGCUUCACAACCAACACAGGGUUUGGUGCUGCCAAUGCAUCUGGUUCGUGGUACAAUCCUGCUGUCUGGACUGUCAAUGUGACACGCUAUGCGCCCAUACUAGAGGACCUUGUCUGGGCCGGUCCGCGAUUCGUUAAGAAACUUGGAUCUUACAUUUCUGUGCCCGAACAUCUCGAGACGACGACCGACAAUUCGAAUUACAUACCAGCAGUAGUCGGCGCGAAUACCAUACUUGCUGAGGCCGACCCGACUAUUCAGAACAUAAUGGAGCCUUUGUUAGGUGCAGGGGGGUCUGAGACAGCGACCACUGCUCCCAUAGGACGGGUACCCGUCGACAGUGUCCGUAGCUUGGGCAGUGUCUUUGGAUAUGCCACCAGCAAGUGGGCUUUGUGUUGCAUAGCUAUGGCAGUCAUACUUAACCGGACACACAUAUUCGCUGCCACUCGACGACGCCUACGCUUGCGAUGGCCGACAAGACUCUUAUUACGAUUCGUUCCUAUCGUCCUAUUGGUAAUACAGGCGCGCCAGUUACUUCAAUCUAUUCAAUGCCAGACCUCAUCCGACUUUUCCGAGCUACGAUGGGGUAACGCAAGCAAAAGCUCGGACUUGAUGUUCUCACACCGAAACGCCUUUCUCAACUCUCUGAGUUCAAUUUUACUCUUCUCAGCCUCCGAUGAACACUCCUGUAUUGCCGUUCGGAUGAUACCGUCAGAUGAAUCUGGCUCUGCUCGUAAUCUGACCGGCUCUUUGUCCCUGUUGUGGCCUUUGUUCGGAACAUUUUGUCUUAGCCAGUUCCUUGAGACCGUUUCCUGUGCCGUGCAGGGGCGUCCUGUCGCACCGGAGACAGGUAUGACACUAUUUGAGCAGUCUCUUGCGUUUGCAGAGGCCGAUGCUGCCAUCAGUAACCAGCUUGGUUGGAACCUCUUCACUAAAACAACCUCUGCUGAUGCCCCAGCCUCAGGGCUUGGAAAUGCUAUAGCUCUGACUAGGUCAAUGGUUAUGAGAAGGGUCAACACCUCGCCCGAAGUUCUCCUCGUUGCCUUGCUAUCUUCGAUGACGCAUAUUACGAGCCAUGUUCUCGGUAUCUUCAAUCUGCAAGCUAAGUACCGACUAAUCAGCACGGGAUUCUGGGGUCUCUGCUUUAUGGCUAGCAUUGUAUGGGCAGCCAUCUCCUUUGACCUCGACAAUCCAUCCUCUCAGAGUCUACUCAGAUUUCCAACUGUUUGCAUCAUAGGGUUUGUGCCACAUGUCCUUGUUCUACUAGGUAUCGCUAUAUGUCUGUUCAUAUACGGACUGGCUUUGCUCCUCUCAGCAUUCUCUCCCCCUUCGACAUCAGACAUGGCUUCAAUGACCAUUCGUCAGCGUCUCAUCCAUGCCCAUGAGAACAUGCAGGCGAACGUAUCGCUCUCUUCCAUUCGCAUCACUCGAGAAAUGGAUUUCUACACGGCUCUACUGCGAACUGGGUUCGGCGCUAUCACUAUGGCUAGUGAAGCCGUCUACCUAAAUGAGGACAGGGGCAUCAGUCUAAAACGACGCACCUGGCUGGAAGAGCAGCGGUUUAAGGAGGCCGAGGAGUUGCAAAGAAAACUAAUUGGCGGUGGCGGCGGCCUGCCCGACUCGCGAUAUGAUCAGAUCGGCGCAAUCGGCCUGAUUCCCGUGAAAGGGGGCCCAUCAAUUGCAUCCAAUGGGUACGCCCGCGAACGUGCUGCUCAGAAGAUACCGAAAGGACGCAGUGAGCGCAACCUUCAUGCGGGCAUUGGGGCGUCUGAAAGGAGUUCUCGUUGGCUUAUGGCACUGGAGUUUCUACUCAGUAUCAACAAACUUAUUGCAAAAAUUAGCGCCAAGUCCUUGUUAUGGUGUCUUGCGACUCUACGGAUCCGAUAUCAGCCGGCAUGGCUCCUUUGGCUUGCUCAGCACCCAAAAAGCAUGGACAGCCAGAGCAAAAGCUCUAGUCGUAAACAGCCACGACCAAGAGGACCAUCUUCAUAUAAUGAUGGACGCAUACCGAAAGAGGAGACGGCAGACAUCGAGGCCGAGUUCAGGCGUGUGGGCAUUGACCAAGACGAGGAGAGCCUAGAUAGGGACCUAUACAAAUAUUGGGUGAAAAACGGCUGGUGGGGAUCUGCAGAUUCCAGCGGCGACUUUGAACCUCACUCAGAUGACGACUUCGACACUACAAGCGUCGUCUCUAUGUCGACCGCCGGUGAUGGAGUGGAUGAUUACCAAGCAUGGGAGUCAGAAGACGAGAAUGACGACGGCCAACGAACACCUACUCAACGAUCCCCUCAAAUCAGUCGUGAGAGCACGCCUUUCCAUGACACCCCUAUGCAAAUAUCCGAUCUAGCACGCCUUCUGCAUCCCACAAGCCCUGAAGAGCGCGAGGAGGCCAUGACCUUGUCUGCCCACCUCCAAAGUGAUGGCAUCAUGACACGCGCCAAAUACCGGCGAAUGGAGCAAUUGCAACGCACUCGAGUCUUGGCCUCCCCGGGAUCUGGCCUACUACAGCCCAAAGCCAACAUCAUGCAACCGGGGCGCAGCACCAAAUUAGAUCCUGACGAAGAGGAGCAUCUUUUGGAACAACUUUUACUAUCACGGCGGCAAGCGUUUGCAUCUGCGGCAUGCUCCGAGACAUCAUGGGAAAACGGGGGAUCAGGUUUUGGAAGCGAUGGUCCGCAAUGCGUGGUGUGUCAAAGCUCACCCAGGACCAUUAUUGUCUGGCCCUGUCGAUGCCUAAGUCUAUGCGACGACUGCCGUGUCUCUCUUGCUAUGAACAACUUUGACAAAUGCGUCUGUUGCCGCCGGGAGGUUAUUAGCUUCAGCCGCGUUUUCGUCCCCUGAGCUCCUGCAAACCCACGAUUAAGGGAAUCGGUAAUGGUUUGUUUGCUGUAAUUAAGCACCUGUAGCCUUUGUUCCACUCAUUUGCGUUGUUUCAUUUUCGGGAGCUGAUGGGCAUGAAUUCACAAUGGUCAAGCUUUCACCUGUGACUCAAAUCAUGUCAGGAUAUGUUCGGCAUAGCAUCUAUUAUAUUCAGCUUUUUACAUUGCAGCCCAUUCGAUACUAAAGGUUCUCAUCUCCUGGUCAUCCCGUGAUCCAUUUGCUAGUGGCUGUUGUGCCCCUAUCAAAUACGCCUUCUUCACAGCUGUUGCGAGACGGCCUCCUGCUACGAUAUCCAAGACGGGAAUAUCUUCUUCCCAUUCAUACUGGUUUGCCAUGAAAUGGGCAUGAAACCUCAAGGGAUCGCCUGGGUAAACACUAUACUUGGCACCAAAGCGAAGACCGGGAGUCGUGUAGUGACCAGAAGUAAGUAGAAAGCCACACAAAGGGCCUUGCGUAGGAUUAGUGGCCUGGUAUGUUCGUUCAGCUUCUGAAGAAAUCAGCGACCCACUGGAUGUUGGGGUGACGCCCAGGGAUUUGAUGGCAGAUUCCUGCUGAUGUACGGCGGGCUUAGUUUCACUAGUGAUGGUGUCGUCGUCUGCAUUGCUAGGAGGCACACGGCGGGAUUUCCCACGCUUCAAUGCUCCUUCAGCAACCCUCUUGGCAUUCUUUUCAGCAAUAACCUGUUGUGCUGUCUGCUUUCUUGUCCUAAGCGAGUCGAGGUAUAACUUCCUCGCCUCGGCGUUGUGAUUCUGGAGAACAUGGUGGUGGGCAGCUACGUCGUCUACAAGAUAAGCCACAUUCUUAUGCAAUAACGCUUCAGCCUCCUCCGGCCGGAGUUCAAUUGGAAGACCGAGAAAGAUAUUCUGAGUCGGUUGCUGAGGCGCCGUUCCAGCUAGAGUACCGUUGAUAUUCUCAUUCCGACGCAAGAACGCAGCUGCUUCAGAAUCGAAGAUGAGAUAUCGCCCAGCGAUCUUGGAUAUCCGAACAGGGGCUGGGUCUAGAGAAGCCAUGGUAUCUAUUGAAGCAUUGUGAGUUAGCGGGCGCUUCGUUGGAGUAUAGCGAGCAUAAACAAGUGUGAAAAGGACAACAUCAUAAGUCGUCUUCGUAAUUUUAUUGUGUGUCGUCACAGAAAAUCAGGGGAUUGACAGAUUAAUAAGUGUAUAAUCAUUGUGUCCGAGUCGCGUGGAUAAAGUGCGAGAGAGAAAAAAAGAUUCUGACAUACCUUUUGAGAUUGUUGAUAUUGAUCAGAAGAAAGAAGAGAAGAGAGGUUGAGAGCUUGGAGCUGCUUUUAGGUGAUAAAAUUUUUAGGCGAGUGGGGUCGGGAGGAAAAGAUAAGAUAAGAGUCCUGAGCUUGAGACCCAAAGGCAGGAUCACAAACCAGGUCAAUCAUUGAAUUGUCCUCUCUUCAAAAAUCCAAGGUCUCCUUCUUGUGAUCGUUGGGUUUGGAAACCUUACUUGGCUCUUCCUCGUCUCCAAUCGGUGGUAGACUAAAGGGUGUAAUUACCAACCCACUGGAACUGCUCAGCUUGAAAGAUAAGUUUUCCCUGUUCCAGGUACCUUCCAGACCACCUCCCUUUUCGUGGAACACGGGUAAGCUAUGAGCACGUAGUAGUCCUUGGCCCUUGUCUUCGUUGCCGGGCUCCCGCACAACUGGAGCUUGGUGUUGCAGAGGAAUCAACUCGAGAACUCCAUCGGAUAGCAACUCCAUCCACCGCGUUAGUCCCGUAGAGCGAGGGAACAAAGUAACUGGAAUAGUCACAAAUGCCGUGACCUGGGUUGAGUACUGUCGAAGGAGUGCUCUCAAAGCAUGGAGGAACUUCAGGACCUCUUUGGGUUGACUGGCAGCAGAAUUAUACAGUGUAGGCGAGAGGAGGCUGGGUACCACGAUUCGAUGAACUGUAGAAGGUGGCGAGUUCUUGAUUUUGGAGGUCACAUCGGCAAUGAACUUGUGGAAAGGCGUGUUUGUUGGAGAUGCCAUGGGACCUUCCACUGGGGUUGUGUGAAGCUGACCCUUGAUGGCACUGUUUUCAAGACGUUUGGUCAGGUCGAAGCCAUGACAAAACGUGCUCGGUGUCUGUCCGGGAGUUGUUGGUGCUUGGGCAUCUACAAUAAGUCGCAGGUCAACAUUACGUCCUUAGAGGGAGCGCACAGAGCAUACCUCUGACUGGAACAUUGCGCUGUCCGAGUGUCUCGUAGCGCCAAGCAAUCUUCAUCUUUUCAUCUGAUAAUGAGGUUGGCUUGCUGCUCUUCUUAGAGCCAUCAGGACUGCCAAGACCAGGAAGCUCUCUUCUCCAAGCAUCGCCAAAUCCCAAGAGGUGAACUUGAUGUCCUUGGGCAAGUCCUUCGGCGGCAUAGUAUCGUAAAAGUACUCCUCCAAAGUCCGUAGUUCCUGUCUCUUCAACGAGCAAGGAAGUGCCCAUUGGCAUUCCAGCAUGACCUGACAAGAGCUGAUCCAAAGACUGCGUGCCUGUGGAGGUUGUCAAACGUCCAUCUAAUGGAGAUGGUCUUGUUCCGGGUGCAAGAGACUUCUCUUGUCGAAUGAUGGGAGAUGAAGACCCGGCAGCUCCAAUGACGAC